UUUUUAGGUUGAUGGCAGUUAAUCGUCGAUUAAAUUGAUAAGAUAGAUUAAACACUCGUUUACUAUUUAGCUUGAACGUUUUAGUUGCAAACAUUUUAUCUUGUGUGAAAUUAUCAGUGAGGCAGAGACAGAAAUUGUUUGCCAACACAGGAAAGAUAUUACCACUGUCUUCCAUGGUUGUCUUCUCGUUGGCCUUUGUUGCUUGUGUGAUGGGUGAUUUGUCUGUUACAAUACCUGUCUGGUGUGUUUUCCUAAGAAAAUACUUAGUGUUUUAACAAGCUCUCCUUAUAUCAUGAAAUUAAUUUCACAAUAAGACACGGUUUAUUAAAUUUUGUAACACUCAGCCCUAUUUAAUAGCAUAACCUGUUUAUCUUGUUUAUCAAAAAGUACUAAUAAAGUUGUAAAUGCGAUGAGCUCGCGCUGAUACUGCAAAGCGGCGCGUACUAAAAUGUCAUGUAGCGGGGUUCAAGGGUGAAGUUUUGAACUGACUAAACCAUAUUUUAAUAUUGAUAACCAGGAGCCACAGUGACUGGCUUGGUGUUGUUUUUCAUUCAAAUGUACAAGUGCCUGUAUUAUCUGAAGGGAUGCUGGACGCCAGUGAUGACACUUUGUUCUCGGACAGUCUGUUUUUUGAGAAACCUAUUGUUCACAAGGUAAAACCGCUGCAGCGGGAGGCCCAUCCAUGGCAGCUGGAAGCACCUCCACCUCUUACUCAUAUUCCUAACACACAGGAUAUGCAAGAGGAGGCAGAGUCAUUCUCUACCCUGUAUGGUUUCCCACAAAAAUCCAAUAUAUUACAGUUUCAUUCAAAAGGAUCAGAUGAUCUUAAGGUCUUAUCUACAAAUAUCAGCAGUACGUACAGUUUUAACAGUGAAGAGGGAGAGAUUGAAGAGACUCGAGGUGGAGGCAGUGGCUGGCCCAGCGCAUGUGAUAGCCUUUGGCAGGGUGAAGGGUUCAUGGAUUACUUUCAUGGUGGCUAUCAGAGUGGUGAAGGUGAAAUUCUGCAGGACUUCGCUCUCAGUAGAUGUUUGUCCCUCGACUGCGGCAAAAGCCCACCUCUACGGCGAAGCUUGUUCAAGAUCCCAGCGCUGACCAGCAGAGGUGACUCGUCAACCAGAGAUGACCUCAGGAGCAGCGGCAUCAGCCAGACAGCAUCCAGACCUCAAACUUUUCUCAGUCAGGUCGCCAUGACAACAGUGCCUCCUUUUCUUCAGCCACCACAGGCGACAUUUGGCCACGCAGCUCCAGAGUCCCCCCUCUCACCCCCUCCUCUGGGCUCAUCUGCAGCAAUUGGCCGACCCCCGCAGCAGGCGCAACAAGCAGAAAUGCAGGACGAGGGCACAAAGAGAGCUUUCGUUCCGCCCAUGACGCCUCAACCGCUCUGCAUACAAGGAUCUUCCGGAUGUGAAGUUUUGAGACCAGUGUCGGAAAUCCCAGUUAAGUUCAGAUCCAUUUUCAGCGAGUUCCCCUUUUUCAACUACGUCCAGUCCAAAGCUCUGGAUGAUGUUCUUUACACAAACAAGAACUUUGUGGCAUGCGCUCCAACCGGAUCGGGUAAAACAGCACUGUUUGAGUUGGCCAUCAUUCGCCUGUUGAUGGAGACGCCAGAGCCAUGGAGAGAUGUCAAAGUUGUUUACAUGGCCCCCAUCAAAGCUCUCUGCAGUCAGUGCUUUGAGAACUGGAAGAAGAAGUUUGGUCCUCUGGGGCUGAGCUGCAAGGAGCUGACUGGUGACACGGAGAUUGAUGACUUCUUUGAGAUUCAUGAUUCCCACAUCAUCCUGACUACGCCUGAAAAGUGGGACAGCAUGACAAGGAAAUGGAAGGACAGCUGCUUGCUGCAGCUAGUCAGACUGUUUCUUAUUGAUGAGGUGCAUGUUGUGAAAGAUGCAACUCGUGGUGCCACCUUGGAAGUCGUGGUGAGCAGGAUGAAGGCAGUUAACACCUACAGAACAUUACAGAAUCCAGACUCUGGAGUCUCAAUGAGAUUUGUGGCUGUAUCAGCCACUGUUCCUAACAUAGCUGAUAUAGCAGACUGGCUGUCAAAUGAGAGUGGACCGGCCACGUAUCUGAAUAUGGACGAGAGCCACCGACCAGUUAAGCUUCGAAAGGUGGUGCUGGGCUUCCCCUGCAGCCCCAACCAGACUGAAUUCAAAUUUGACUUGUCUCUCAACUACAAGAUGGCCAACAUCAUACAGACUUACUCAGACCAGAAACCUGCACUGGUGUUUUGUUCUACGAGGAAAGGAGCUCAGCAGUCAGCUGCAGUUCUGGCCAAAGAUGCUCGAUUCAUCAUGAGCAUUGAACACAAGCAAAGAUUAAUGAAAUAUGCAAACUCUAUUCUGGAUUCAAAACUAAGAGAUCUGGUGAUGUUAGGAGUUGGUUACCAUCAUGCAGGAGUUGAUUUGUCUGAUAGGAAGCUGAUAGAAAAAGCCUUCACCCUGGGAGACCUGCCUGUCCUCUUUACUACCAGGACUCUGGCCAUGGGUGUAAACCUGCCAGCUCACCUGGUGGUGAUUAAGUCCACAAUGCAGUAUGUUGCGGGCUCCUGUGAGGAGUACAGCGAAGCUGACAUGCUGCAGAUGAUAGGCCGAGCCGGACGACCCCAGUUUGACACAUCGGCCACUGCAGUGAUUAUGACCAAGGCUCAAACCAGAGACAAGUACAUGAAACUUAUGAAUGGGAUAGAGAUCAUUGAGAGCAGCUUACAUGGACACCUAGUGGAGCACCUGAAUGCUGAGAUUGUUCUCCACACCAUUAGCAAUGUCAACAUGGCUCUGGACUGGAUACGCAACACCUUCCUCUACAUCAGAGCCUUGAAGAACCCCACACACUAUGGUUUCUCUGCCAGCUUGGACAGAUGUGGUAUCGAAGGAAAACUGCAAGAGCUAUGUCUAAAGAACCUGAACGCUCUGUCUUCUAUUGAUUUGAUCAGCAUGGAUGAAGACAUCAACAUCAAACCAACAGAGGCUGGAAGGCUGAUGGCUAGAUACUGCGUUGCCUUUGACACCAUGAAACAGUUCUGUGGACUGGCUGGGACUGAAACUCUGUCUGAUCUGAUCAAGCUGGUGUCAAAGAGCAGAGAGUUCAGCGACAUCCAGCUGAGAAUGAACGAGAAGAAAGCUUUAAACACUUUGAACAGGGACAAGAACAGGAGCACCAUCAGAUUUCCUCUUGAGGGAAAGAUCAAAACCAGUGAGAUGAAAAUAAACUGCUUGAUUCAGGCUCAGUUGGGCUCCAUCUCACUUCAAGACUUUGGACUAACACAGGACACAACAAAGAUCUUCAGGAUCGGGAUGCGUAUCAGUAAAUGCUUGUCAGAGUUUCUGAGUCAGGGAUCCAAGACAGUUUUUUCUGCUCUGCUCAACUCCCUGAUCCUGGCAAAGUGCUUUAGAGCCAAAAUCUGGGAAGAUUCACCCUUUGUUUCCAAACAGCUGGAGAAGAUAGGUCAGACUUUGUCAACUGCGAUGGUGAACGCUGGACUCACUACUUUCAGUAAAAUAGAGGAAACUAAUGCCAGAGAACUGGAACUGAUUCUCAACAGACAUCCACCGUUUGGAAACCUAAUCAGAGAAUCUGUAGUUCAUCUCCCAAAGUAUGAAAUCACUGUAGAGCAGCUUCCUCGGUACAGCAGUGCCACCGCGGAGAUCGUGGUGAAGGUAAACCUGAAAAACCAAGUACAACUGCUGUGCAGGAGAACGGCUCCAGACCAUCACUAUGUCUCUCUGAUCAUUGGCAACUCUGACAACAGCGUAGUCUUCCUGCAGAGACUCAUGGACUCGUUGCUGCUGAAGUGUGGUUCCUGGUCGAAAAAGAUAGAUGUGACAAAGGCAUCGAAAGGAGAGAAAAUCAGCGUCCAUCUCAUUAGCUCAGAAUAUGUGGGAUUGGACAUCCAGCAGAGCUUCACAGUGUACUACUCUGCAGCCAGGAAGUUUGGGACUGACUUUCCAUACAACAUAACGGACCUUCCUCCCGCACAGAGACAUCAUCGCUCUGCCCUGACCCUACAGUCUACAAAUCAGGCUGCAGCUCAGAAGGAGAAGGAACUGCUCAUUAAAGACGAAGAUUCAGGCAGCAGAAGACAGUGCAACCACUUCUGCAAGAAUAAGAAUCAGUGUGCUCAUGACUGUUGUAAAGUAGGUGUAACUGUGGGACGGAGAUCAGCCAACCAAGAAUCCACUUUCUCAUCCUACCUGAGUGACCUGAGAAGCAGGUGUGACACACUUGUACAGACCCCUGUCAAACGACUCAAGAUGAAAAUGAGUGAGGAGUCUUUACCUGUCAGCAUGCAGGAGUUUGCUUACAAACCCAAAGCAACACUUCCCUCUGUCUCCUGGUGUGGCGUGACUCACUAUAACACUUCAGAGUUCGACCUGACUGCUGAUGACUGCACUCAACUGUCAGACACAGUUUGUCUAUGUAAUCCUGAUCGAGAUCCAGAUGUCUAUGUGGAAGAUGAAAACGAGAUGAUGGCAGAGUCUCCUCACAUCUCUGCUGCUCCACAUGUUCAGCAACAAAGUUUGCCAGUGUGGGUGAUCCCAGAAACAAGUCGAGGCUACCAAAGCUCCCAACAGCGUCUGAACCAGCUCAGCUCAUCUUACUCUAAAGGGUCCUCCACAACGUCAGAGCAGGGAGCCCUCUGCAGACAUGCUUCAUCUCUCCGAAUACCAGCUGUCAGCUUUGAUCUCGGAAAUGAAUGGGAUGACUGGGGGGACUUUGAUGAAGAGAACUUGCUGCAUGCCAGCGAGACAUCAUUAGACCCGUGUAAAACUCAACCUCAGAUCCAGCAGAGUGUUGAACAAAGCAUUUCAGGGCAUGCUGCUGCAUCUGCACAGGAAUUCAUUAGUUCACAAGCCAAACCCUGUAUGACCACUGUCAUUACACCACCGAGUUUGAUUUUAGCAAGUGGUAGUCCUGAAAUCAGGAAAGUGGGACCUUCUCCAGUCAGUAAGACUUUCACACCACAGGAGAGAGUCACACUCAACUGGAAUAAAAAGAGAACAGGUAUUUUCAGAGAGGGGAUUCUGGCAAAGUCAGCAGAAACUCCUCCAAAACCUCCUCAUGGGUCACAGGAUACCAGAAGGUUGGACUUCUUUCUCACAAGCAGCCCAGCCAACACCAGCUCUUCUCUCAACAAGAGCAGCAAAGAGAACGAAGCUUUUCUCGGCAUAUUUGAUGGUAUAUUUUAGAACCAUUGUUGGUCUUCCUCUGACAUAAAGGUCCAUAAUAUUCCUGUGUUUAUGCUUAAUUUUUUCUUUGUUUAAAUCUGUUUAAAUUGUUAUAUCUGUAAUAAACUAAAUUAGAUUAUAGGGCUGUAGAAUAUGCUGUGAAUUCUUGUUAUCAUAUAUUUAUAUUGUAAAUGAAAUAAGUUAUGUAUGUUAUCCUUGCUGUGAAUACCAUUCAUUGGUUGGUUUCAGUAAGUACUGGUGUGAUAGCUGCCAAAUAUUUUGGGUCACUAAGUAGAUGUGUUAUUGGAUAAACAGUCAGAUUCAACAUUAACUGUUUGGUGUGACCAAACUUUAUUUGAUUUUUUUUCCUUACUGUUUUACCAUUUUUACUGUAUUUGUCACAGUUCAGAAAUAAAUAUGGAUGUUUG